GGCGCUCAGGGCCGGCGGGCGGCUCUGUGUGUCUCCCCCGGGGUGCGGCGCCGGAAGCUCCCCCGCGCGGGGCAUUGCGGGAGCACGGCGAGCAUGGCGGAGGCGUUCGGGGACGAGCUCUUCAGCGUGUUCGAGGAGGACGCGGCCGCCACCGCCUCUAGCGCCAAGAAGGGCAAAGCGGGCGCCGCCGAGGCCGCCAGGAGAGCGGGGAAAGGAUUGGAAGAAAAACCUUCAGUACCAGCCACAGGGAAGCCAAAAAGGGAUGUUGAGGUUGAUAGUACAGAAGCUGUUGUUUCGGGAAAGAAGCCAAAAUUGGAAGAUGUUGUAUCAGAAGAUGCUAAUCUGGCAGACCUGAUGCCUCAAGUGAAGGUACAAGCUGUGGAAACUGUUGAAGGCUGCACACAUGAGGUUGCACUUCCAGCAGAUGAAGAAUUCACAGGUCUGAAGCCGCGAACUGGAAAAGCUGCAAAAGAAUAUCCAUUUAUUCUUGAUGCCUUUCAGAGAGAAGCUAUUCUUUGUGUAGAUAACAACCAGUCUGUAUUAGUGUCCGCUCAUACAUCAGCUGGUAAAACUGUUUGUGCUGAGUAUGCAAUUGCCCUAGCUCUGAGGGAGAAGCAGCGUGUGAUAUUCACAAGUCCAAUUAAAGCUUUGAGUAAUCAGAAGUACCGUGAGAUGUAUGAAGAAUUUCAGGAUGUUGGUUUGAUGACUGGAGAUGUUACCAUUAAUCCUACAGCUUCUUGUCUGGUAAUGACAACCGAGAUUUUGAGAAGUAUGCUCUACAGAGGUUCUGAGGUUAUGCGGGAAGUCGCAUGGGUUAUUUUUGAUGAAAUUCACUACAUGAGAGACUCAGAACGUGGUGUGGUUUGGGAAGAGACAAUUAUUUUGCUCCCUGACAAUGUACAUUAUGUGUUCCUUUCUGCAACUAUUCCAAAUGCCCGGCAGUUUGCUGAAUGGAUUUGCCAUCUUCACAAACAGCCUUGUCACGUGAUUUACACUGACUAUCGACCCACUCCACUGCAGCAUUAUAUAUUCCCAGCGGGAGGAGAUGGACUCCAUCUGGUUGUGGAUGAAAAUGGAGAUUUCAGAGAAGAUAAUUUUAAUACAGCAAUGCAAGUACUUAGAGAUGCAGGUGACUUAGCAAAAGGGGACCAGAAAGGUAGGAAAGGAGGAACAAAAGGUCCUUCAAAUGUUUUUAAGAUUGUGAAGAUGAUCAUGGAAAGGAAUUUCCAACCUGUGAUUAUUUUCAGCUUCAGUAAGAAAGACUGUGAAGCCUAUGCACUUCAGAUGACAAAGUUAGAUUUCAAUACAGAUGAAGAAAAAAAGAUGGUUGAAGAAGUUUUCAAUAAUGCAAUUGAUUGUCUGUCGGAUGAAGACAAAAAGCUUCCUCAGGUCGAGCAUGUACUUCCUCUUCUGAAACGAGGAAUUGGUAUCCAUCAUGGUGGUUUGCUCCCUAUCUUAAAAGAAACCAUAGAAAUUCUUUUCUCUGAAGGCCUAAUAAAGGCCUUAUUUGCCACAGAGACUUUUGCUAUGGGAAUUAAUAUGCCAGCCAGGACUGUGCUAUUUACGAGUGCCAGUAAAUUUGAUGGGAAAGAUUUCCGAUGGGUAAGUGAAAAGCAGGUUCUGUAG